CCCCAUCUAUCCAGCCACCCGCGCCCAUCCACUGCUUCCUCCCUGACUCGUGGGCCCGCCCCUCCCCUCCACUUCCCUUCGUCUCCUCAACGUUCGCUGCUCUUGCUCCCCCAACCCCCAUCACUCCAUCAGCCGAGAGAGAGAGAGAGAGAGAGAGAAGCUAGCUUCGAGCCCUACCGCUCCUCGCCUCUGCACCACCGCGGCUUCCUCCCUCGCGCUCGUGCUGGUGCUCACACGCUCGCCGAUGGCGGAACCCCACUGGCGGUAGGGGGGACUCACCUGUCCUUCUCCGAUGGAAGCCUCCUGUCCUUCUCCGACGGAAGCCUCUAAAAGGAGGGGAAGCUGCUGGUAGUGUACGGUGGACCAAGACCUGGAUCCAUACACCUGUAGCUUCUAGUUUGUUCUGGAUAAUCUAGGUGAUCUACUGAUCUCAUAGCUGCCCUUUUUUGCUGGCUGCAAGCUCGUGUAAUAAUGGACAACCUUGGCCAUAGAGAAAAUGGCAGGCAAAGGUCCGACCAAUAUAAAGCAGUUCAUACUCAGUGGAUGAUGCCUCAAAGACAGCUAAAGGACCAUCAUAGUAUGAAUCUCCUGGCACUGAUGAAUGAUAGGGACAGUGUCAUCCGAGAAAGAGACCAUGCUCUCGCAGAGAAGAAAGCUGCUAUAGCUGAGCGAGAUAUGGCAUUCGCCCAGCGGGAUGCUGCAAUGGCUCAGCGGAAUGCUGCGAUCGUAGAAAGGGACAAUGCCCUUGCUGCACUUGAACUCGCCCGUACAAAUGGAUUUAAUAUGAAUAAUGGAAAUGGAUGUCACCAAGGUUCUCUCAAUGGAACAAAGAACGUCCACCAUCAUGACCAACUUUCUCGUGUUCAAUCAUCCCCAUUGCAGUUGGCGGAUUCUCCAUAUGAUCAUGUUAGAGAAAUGCACAUAUCAGAAGCAUACCCUAUCUCAACAGCUCUGGGGAGUGUUGGAAAGGGAAAGAAGCCAAGGAAGAAUAAUUCCCAAGCUUCUCCAUUGAAGAGGCCAUCAGGUGUGCUUCGGAAAGCCAAGAAAGCAACCGGUGAUUGGAAGAAUAAGGGGAUUUCUGGUGUAGGUGAAGAUCCAGCUCGUGCUUCUGUGAUGAAGAAUGAGUGGAAGGACCAAGACCUUGGUCUGAACCAGGUCGCAUUCGACGAGUCAACCAUGCCUGCGCCCGCCUGCUCGUGCACAGGGGAGCUCCGUCAGUGCUAUAAGUGGGGGAAUGGCGGGUGGCAGUCAUCCUGCUGCACCAUGAGCAUCUCCAUGUACCCGCUUCCAGUUAUGCCCAACAGGCGCCAUGCUCGCAUGGGGGGAAGGAAGAUGAGCGGUGGCGCAUUCACAAAGCUGCUCAGCCGGCUGGCGGCUGAAGGCCAUGAUCUCUCAACACCAGUGGACCUCAAGGACCACUGGGCCAAGCAUGGCACAAACCGGUACAUCACCAUCAAGUAGCUCCUCCUCCAUUGCUGUAUCUGCCAUUCAAGCUGGAAAGGGGAGAUGACGUAAAUGUUGCUUCUCCUGCAUUCCCUAAAGCCUCACUGGUGCCAUCUUUUGUAAUGUCAUUGGUUUCUAGUGGAUGUAGGCAGAGUUUUCUGUUCACAAUGCCGUAGGUUCUCCCUUCUCUGAACUGGUAAUUGGGCUUGUGGACGCUGAAAUGCUGCAGUCCACGAGAAUGGAAAUGUAAGUGUAACCCCCCAAGUAUUCAUCAUGAGAUCGUUGUAUAGUUUGACAUCCGGAUUCAAGUGGUAGUAGUGGAAGGUCUACUAUAUUUAGCUUCAAGCUCAUGGCUUGUCCA